AACAAUGUCAGCGCCCAUGACGUGUAAAAUGUUGUUAAAAUUAAUUUGUUUUUGCUGUUAUUUCACUCAUUGAUGAAAAUUGGCGAAAUAUAUUGUAAUAUUCAGAAUCUGAUACAUCUGCUGCAACAUUCUAACUAAAAAAACUACAGUCCAGAGCAAAGGUUUUCCGGUUCAGGGUCUUGUAUGAUUGAAGGACGUCUAACAUCAUCAUCUUAGUCUCCUAUCAGCUUGGAAUUUCCUCGGCAUAAACAUCAACCACCGGUCACCAUGGGUAUGACUGCACUAGUCUACGUGACAUUUGCUGUUUUGUUAAUACUGUGUGCUGGACUACAGUACCUUGCGCUGAGAGGUCAGAAUCAUCCUACAAUAGGAAACAACCCAAUCUUCCUUAAAUUCCAAUACAUUUUCUUUGCCGCAUAUUUUGCAGCGCUCUUUGCAGACUGGUUGCAAGGACCCUACUUGUAUCAACUGUAUAGUCAUUAUGGAUUCAUGGAAUCACAGAUUGCCAUCAUAUACUCCUGUGGAUUUGCUUCAACGGUGAUUCUAGGAACUUGGGCACCAAUUCUUGCCGACAGAUUCGGCAGAAGGAAACUUUGUAUCCUCUUUACUAUAAUUUAUUCCAUUUCUUGCUUCACGAAGUUAUCUCGGAACUAUGGUGUUCUGAUUGUGGGGCGUGUUUUCGGCGGAAUGGCAACAUCAUUACUCUUCUACACAUUUGAGGCGUGGUACAUCCAUGAACAUAUUGAAGGACAUGACUUUCCAAGGGAAUGGAUCCCCGUGACCUUCACAAAGACAACUGUUUGGAACGGCGCUCUUUCAGUCCUCGCUGGAUUCAUUGCGAACAUGAUAUCAGAAUGGUUCCACUUUGGUCCAGUUUCACCAUUCAUGUUAGCUAUACCGUGUCUGCUAAUAUCAGGCAUUGUUGUCAUGUCACAGUGGCAAGAAAACUAUGGCCGCCAGACCAUCCAUUUUCGGAAGUCUUGCAUGGACGGCAUUCGAGAAAUCCUAGCAGACGAGAGGAUAUUCUUCAUCGGUGCCAUACAGGCAUCAUUCGAGAGCGUUAUGUAUAUAUUCAUCUUUAUCUGGACUCCUGUGCUCAAAGUUGACAAGCCUCCGUUGGGAAUCAUCUUCUCUUGCUUCAUGGUCUGUAUCAUGAUUGGUGCGGCCAUCUUCCAAUUAGUACGUGCACGAAAAAUAUCAGUUGUCACAACACUAUCAUUGGCCAUAUGUUGUGCAUCUGCUGCAAUGAUAACAUGUGUGUUUGCAACUGGAGGUAGUGGUGGAAGAAAAUUGUCAUUUUUUGCAUUCCUGUUGUUAGAAAUUGGUGUCGGGAUCUACUUUCCUUCGAUGGGAUUCAUACGCAUGAAGGUGAUUCCAGAGCAGCACCGAGCCAGUAUUACUAGCUGGUUCAGGGUGCCACUCAACCUGAUCGCGUGCGCAGUAUUGACAAUGUUACACGGAACAUCUGGUCACUAUGGUAACAGGAUGAUUUUCAUGAUGUGUGCUGGGUUGUUGGCUAUUGCAAUGAUGUGUUUGUUACGGUUUGGCCGGCUGAUCCGUGCCGACUCUCAACUCCAAACUCAAAAUGAAGAAGAAGAGGAACAGGCUGUUGAAAUGGAAACUGUGACAUAAAAAACUCUAGAAAUACUGUUAGGUGGGUAAUUGGCGAUAUAGGGUAUAAGUUAUGGUCUGUUUUUACAUCUUGAAUCAUCAAGGUCUCCAGUUUUGUUGCAUCGCCUCUCGACCUCACUCCCUCCCGGAAUGAGCUGACCCAAAAGGUGUAGUCACUGGUGGCUUUGAUUAGAGUAUCUAGUUUUGAGUUAUUGGAAGUUUUACAUGUAAAUAACUUUCAUCUCAUUUUAAUGUGAACGGUAAUACAUCUCAGUUGAAGGCAAGAAGAUAUAUCCCAAGGUGAAUAAUUGUUAUGUGUAUAGGAAAACUGCUUCUGGGCACAAGGUACUGCUGUGAGAUAUCAGCUGGUGGGCUUAAGUUAAAACCUGCAAUGCUUUUUGUCUAUUCUUUGAAAGAAAUGAGAAAUAGGUGAUCGAGCUGUGGUGUGCUUCCUCUUUACUGGGUUAGCCUUCAUUAAUGCAGCCACUUAGAUCACUCAAAGUUUCAUUACUGUAGGUACAGGAAUAUGCUAAGGGUGUUUGAAUUGUAAUCUUGUAAUUUCGUCAGACAUGUCCGAGGCUUAGACUUUUAAUUUUUUAACAAUGUAUUGUAGAAAAGCAAGAUACCUCCCAAAACCUUUGGCGGUGUACAAGUUAAAAUAUUACUAGGAAGUACACUGUUUCGUCUCUUGAUUUUUCUCCAACUGCUUUUCUCUGUUCUUUCAAGCAUACUAAAUGUUGUCAAAAUGUAAAUAAAUAUUUAUAAUUGUUUUCAAUGA